AUGCCGCUCUUCGCUACCUACGGCCCGACGACGGUCGCCUUGACUGCCGGAGCGUUCUUUCUGGUAGCGCAUAUCGUCCGACGCUUCUUUCUAUCUCCGUUGAGAAAGAUACCAGGGCCCAAACUCGCCGCCCUGACGGACAUCUGGCUCAUCUGGAACACCAUACAGUCCCGAAGCGCGGCGGCGAUCAACGAAGCGUUCAACGAGUACGGCCCCAUCGUGCGCAUAGGCCCGAACGCCGUCGCGGUGCGCGGUCCCAAAGACCUGAAAGAGAUCUACACGACGCACAAGUAUCGCAAGGACGCGCGCGUCACCCGCGCCCGCCUGCACGACCUCCAGAACAUCACAUCCGUGACAGAACCCGCCGCCCAUGGCCGGAUGCGCCGCCUGACCAACCCGCUCUUCGCGAGCGACAGCCUCCGAUCGCUCGAGCAGCCCCUGGUGACGACGCUCGAAAAGCUGUUCGGCGUGCUCGACGACAGCAUAUCCUGCGGCCGCGCACUGGAUAUGUGGCCCGUCAACCGCCACUUCGCGUUCGACAUAUUGGGAGAGGCUGCCUUCGGGAGGGACUUUGGCGCGCUCGCCUCCGGCAAGAACCCGCAGUUUAUGGUCGACAUGGACCUGGCCGUGACGGCGAUCGCGAUGAAGAUGUCGGUUCCUCCCUGGGUGUACGCGGCGCUGCGAAAAGUCCCCGUGCACUCGUUGCGGAACAUCGUCCAGGCGGAGGAGCGCCUGUUGGAGUUUGGUCAAAACCUGAUAAGGGAGUACGAGAAGGGAGGUGGCGGAAGCGGCGAAGAGAAGGGGCGCUACAACAUGAUCGCCCACUUGUAUGAUUCUACGGACCCGGUGACCGGAACGAGUAUGUCCGAAGAGAUGCUCGUGUCCAUGUGUGUCACAUACAUCAUCGCCGGCACAGACACCACCGGGACCACCCUGUCGUGGCUGAUGUGGGCGCUUGCGAGCCACCCGCACGUCUACGACACGCUCCGCGCCGAGCUCAUCGCAGCCUUCCCCGAUCCCGGCGCGUUCCCCGACCUGGCGUCGCUCCGGAAACUGCCCUACCUGACCGCCGUCAUCAAGGAAGCGCUGCGGCGCUACCCGGCGACGCCGAUCUACCUGCCCCGCGUCGUCCCCGAAGGCGGCGCGGUGCACCAAGGGCACUAUCUGCCCGCCGGGACGACGAUAGGCUGCCUGUCUUAUGCGAUGCACCGCGAUGAGGAGUUCUUCCCGAACCCGGAGGUGUACGACCCUUCCCGCUGGCUCGAAGAGGUAGACGGCGUCCUCAAAGUGAAGAACACGCCGGAACUGACGGCGUCGUACAUGCCGUGGUCGACGGGCGUGCGCUCGUGCCAGGGACAGCCGUUUGCCGAGCUUGAAAUCUACACCGUGAUCGCGAACCUCGUCCGGCGGUACAAGUUCAAGCCGGGGCCGCACGCGACCCACCAGACGAUGAAGGACGUUGACCUUCUCAUCUUGAAACCGAAAGGGCACAAGGUGGAACUCGUCUUCGAGAAGAACCCGUACUAA